AUGCUGCAUCGUCAACAUUUUGAAACCGAUGUUGAAUGCCGAGGAUAUUCUAAUUUCGCUGUACCAUUUAUGCAAAAUAAAAAACCAGUAAAACUUUGUGAUCUCCAUUUUAAUGAAAAUAAUCGACGAUUUGAAUGGGAAAAACGUGCUGAGUUUUUCAUGUCGAAAUAUAGAGAGAUGAAAACGAAAGAAUCGCUGAUUGAAUUCAGUAAAGGCAUUUUUGCCCAAUCUGCUUGGGUGAUUCGCCCAUCAUAUUGCGAAGUUAUGUCAGAUCAUGGUAAAGAUCUUGGUAAAGGUGGCGCAAAGCGUCAUCAUAAAGUUCUUCAUGAUAAUAUCCAGAGUAUAACGAAGCGUGCACUUCGUCGACUUAACCAGAAAUAUACAUACAUCAUGGUGUAUAUUUCUGUGUGGAAACAAGGGACAGAACCGAUUCCUUCUGGUGAACUUCCUUUUUCAUUUAAUAUAAUAGUAUCGAAUAGACGAGGAUCGAUAGGUCUAUCAUCGGUUUAUCAAGUCGUUUGUUGGGAUCGGCCAAAUUUUGAUUCACUGUAUUGUAGUAUGUGUUCAGUUUGGAUAACUGCAUUUGAAAUGCUGCUGCAUCUUAUGUCGGAUACUCAUCGAUUGAAUUACUUUUUUCGUAAUUACAAGAAUUACCACAAGAUGGCAGUGAGUGAAAUUGAUGAAACAGUGCGCUCUCGAUUACUUGAAGAAAUCGCUGAACAAGUUUGGAAAUUGGAGGGAUCUGGUGAAGUCCGAUAUCGUCUACGAUGCUUCAUUGAUUAUGAGACAGUUUUACGAAUUUGGCCCAAUGAGACAGAGGUUCAGGUGAAUAUGGAAGAAAAUAAUGUGCGAGCUAAUAUGUCACAAGAAAAUGAUCGGUACUGCACAGUUCCAAGUGAAAUGCAUGUCCGUCGUGCAGGGUUAUCGAAAGAGGCAGGAUAUAUGUUUCGACAGAUGCGUUGGGACGGUCUUGAUUCAUUUAACCAAUCAAAGAAAAAAAAUGAAAAAUAUAGUGGAUCGGAUGUAAUGGUAUAUUUCGAUCCGCAUCCAGAAACUUGUGGUAAUGCGUUGCAUUAUGGGGACAACAAAAAUUUAAAACGAAUACGAAGGCGUUCUUCGCGAUCUCCUUGUUCGCCGAAAAUUCAUUAUAUAAAUUCUUUUUCGCCAAGAGAGAGGUCUGUUCAUAAUCUGUUCAGCAAAAUAAAACAAUCUGGAAUGGAAACAGAAUGGAAUGAUGCGACAGCAGCCUUUUUAGCAAAAAUUGGUGUAGCAGGAGGAGGAAUUAUUAGUUCAAACAAAAAUGAGCUAUUGACCCGCAAUGAAAUGAGAAGAAUGGCAGGAAGCAGAGAAAUCGAUGUUUACCUUGGCUGUAGCGAGUCGACAUGUAAUCAGCGAGUGAAUGAAUUGUUAUUAUCAGGUUUACCAAAAUCCAGUCAUCUUGAAGCACCACCCGGAGUAGAUUCGGAUAAUUUUUCAUAUCAGAGAAAAUCAAAUCAACGAACGCAUUUGGAAAAACCUAUUGACCAAGCUGAACAUUCUCAUCAGCAACAAGAUCCAAAUUACGAUUUGCGGAAAUUACUUGGUGUCCUUGUUACACUUCAGCAAGAACGUGAGCGCUUCGGUAAUAUAAAUGAAUCAUCAAUUUCGAAUCUAUAUCGUGAAAUGGGAAUCACCGAAGGUACGGCAAAUAAUAGCAAUGAUUUAUUGCUUCGACUUUGUCAAAUGUUAGGAUCAGAUACAGUUGAACAGAAUAAUGGAUCUGCUUCGUCUAUUAAUUUUGAACAAUUUGGUUAUAUGCGUCCUGUUGUCACGCACAGCCAUGAGUCCAUGGAAGAAAUGGAAAAAAGUUCAGAAAUAUCAGAAGCGAUAGUUAUCGCUAUGUUCUGUCAUUCCGUUUCUUGGGAAUUGUUGAUUAUUCUUGAAUUUUUCAACUUGAGAUAG